AUGCUGCGGUUAGCCUUGUUUCUCUGUUUGGCAGCCAUCGUGAAGACGGAUCUAGUCAAGACCGUGUACUGCAAAAGUCACUGCAACGACUAUUUGAGGAUACAAGAGCCAGAUAUUCCGCAGUGUCUCGAGGAACAUCUCCAGAUGAACCACUGCGGAGCGAGUAGGCCUCUUUUCUUUUGACGUCUGUGAAAAGUCGACUUCAGUAAUCUCUUGCUCCUGGGCCGAUGUCGAAGCCGAAAAGCAGAGGAAACCGGCCAAUUCUUCGGAGGUUACCUGCUGCUACAAGGUCGUUUUUGUGAGUUCUGUAUCUUUUUCCUGGAUAAAAAGUUUAUUCUUAAGAAAGAAAAAGGAGAUUGCGACGUUCAGUCAGCACAUUUUCAACAACAGCAACAGCAGAGAUCUCAGGUAACAGAUUAGAAAAUGUCGAGUAGUGACGCAAAAUUUUUUUUCUUGAAAAGAUCGGCAAGUGGUCACUUGAAAGUCCAAGCUCACCUGACCUCAUUCCUCGAAAAGGAAAAUGUUCGAAAAAUAGGUUUUAUAGAUAUUAUAAGUUAUCCAAUUAUAAAAAUUUCCCUUUUUAUCCUUUUAUCAUCUUUUUCCAUUUGAUCAAAGUUAAAGUUCGCGAGAAAAAAAGUGUUUUUUAAAAUUUUUGUUCAUUGCAUCUAUUUUGAUUCGAUUUUGCUUAUAAAUAUGGAAUUUCGCUUAGGCCUUUUUCAUUUUGUAGUAUAAGGCUCCUCAAGAUGUGUUCCCUUCGGAAACCUCAUUUGCACAUACCAAUCUCUUUCCGAAUCAAUCUCGUUUCAAUUCGAAGUUUCAGUCGGACGAGGUGACGUCACGAGCGGACUGCAGCAAUCCGCAGCCGCUGUUCCUGCUCAUCGGCGUGCUGACGCUGCUCGUCGUCCUCAUGGUUCGUGUUUGAAGCCUCGGAUCCGCUGACCGAUCUAAUUCCAGUCUUGUUACAUUGCUUGGAUGUCGAUGAGGAACAAUGUCAAGACGCUCGAUCCGCACCCCUACAGCCCAGUUUUCGCGGCAAGACCAAUCCGCGAGCAACGUCUUCUUGAAUCGGUGGCUCUCGCGUAA